GGAUGACGGUAGCACUGGAAGAGCAGAGCAAACAUGGUCAGACACAUGUUUGCUUAUUUCCUACUACUAUGGUCACUAGGCCAUGAGCUUUACACCACUGGGAAAAGAGAUAAUGGUACCAAGGAGCAAUCUUGGAGAAACCAGAACCUUGAUUCCGUCCCUCUGGAUUUGGAUGUACGACUGAGAAGGCUCGACUUAUCCAAUAAUGUCAUCAGACGGUUGCACAACCUUGAUUUGCCAUACUUGGAGCAGCUGGACUUGAGCAGCAACCAGCUGGAGCUCAUCUCUGAAGGAGCUAUCAAAGACCUGGCUCUGCUUGAGAAGUUAAAUUUGUCUAAAAAUGCGCUGAACAACAAUUUUGACAGAAACAGCAAUGGCCUGCAAUCCACCGGUGGACUUAAGAGUUUGGACUUAUCACUGAACAAUUUGGGGGACGAAGCGGUGAAACUGUACCUACGAAACAAAUCUUCUCUUGAGCAACUUAAGCUGAGUGGGAAUUCUUUAACACGACUUACACGCUACUUGUUCAAAGAGAGUGAAGGCCUAAGAAGCAUUAUUAUUGAUGACAAUCUGAUAUCAGCAAUCGACAGAGGAACAUUUGAGCCGCUGGGAAAACUUGAGAAGCUUAACCUGGCUAAAAAUAACCUCGCUCGUAUAUGCGAUUUCAAACUACAGCAUGUUAAAGAUUUAAAUCUAAGUCGAAAUUCAAUUGAGUUCUUUGUUACUGCUGAGGAUAACCGCAUGUAUAGUCUUGAAAUUCUUGAUCUUAGUCACAACAAACUACUUUAUUUCCCAAUCGUCCCAAAAUUUAACCAAUUGAAAUACCUUUAUUUGCAUCAUAAUAUUGUGGGUUCAUUAACUUCGGAAGCAUCAAUGAUAUCAGAGGUUAAUUCCUUGUACAAUGAAGUUGUCAGAAAGGGUGACGUUAGAAUUCGAAAAAAUAAUCUUCACUCAACCUGGAGACUGAUGCCACUGAUCUAUAUUGACCUCAGCUACAACCACUUUACAUCUUUUCCGCUGGAAACUUUGAGCCUUCUCACGUCAUUGGAAGAGCUUGACUUCAGUUUUAACUGCGUGCAAAAUCUCACAUGGAAUGUCCGCCGUGACGGCGCAUCGGAAUACGACAGGCAGCUUCAUUUUCGUUCCUUAAAAUACCUAAACAUGCAAAGCAAUGGACUAGUGUCUGUUUCGCCACUCUUUCUCAAGGCACUCACAAAAGUCGAGACGAUAAAUCUCCAAGACAACGCGGUGCAGCCUUGCGCUCCUGAGGGCCAAGUGUACAGCUCCUUAUCAGCACGGCAACCAAACUUCAACUCAUCGUGUGUUGCCUUUGGAAAAUUGAAAACUCUCAAACAUCUAAGCCUUGAAGACAACAACAUAAAAAGUCUUCAGGCAAAUGCAUUCCAGGGAGGUUCUUUGGUGUCCCUCAACCUAGCUAGAAAUUCUCACAUGACCAUGCAAGUUGAUUCACUGGAGGACAUCAAAGAAACGCUUCAGACGUUGACGAUCAGUGAAUUGAACGUAACCAAUUCCGAGCUGGUCUUGCCCUGCAUGCCAAGUCUGAUGCAUCUCAACAUAUCCAACAACAAUCUCAAUGUUUUACCACAAAGUUUAUAUUGCUCACCUCUAAGAGAACUCAACAUAAGGAAUAACGCCUUUGAGUCUUUGAACUACUCCUUGAUUGAAGCGUUAUCAGAACACCUUGGUGUUAUCAAUUUCAGUGGAAAUUACUUUACUUGUUGUGACAGCAAUUGGCUGAGCGCCCUGAACAAUUCCAGAAUUGAAAUGCCUGACAUUACUCACACCGAAUGCUUUACCGGUGACAGCGGUAUCUCUAUCGAAGAAUAUUUGAAAAGUUCUUCACUGUAUUGUUCACUUCACGUAAAAGGGAUUCACUAUGGACAAAUAUUCACAGUUAUUUUGUUUGUAGCUGUAUUGAUAAUAGUGGUCAUUAUGUUCACUCGAAAAAUGUGUUGCCUUAAAAAAUCAUUAAUUGUGUGACAAAUUUGUACAGUCUGAAUACAAUUCAAGGUAAACUUGGUUC